AUGUUGGAACUAGGGUUGGUGGUGGGGGAUGUGGUGGUGGUGGUUGUCGUGGUGGUGAUGGCAACAGCGGUGGCGGCGAAGGUGGUGUUUGGUGCUUAUGGUGGUGGUUGUGGUGGUGGUGCUAAUGGUGAUGGUGGGGGUAGGGUCGGCGUUGGUGGUGGUGAUGGUGGUGGUGGUGGGUGUGGUGGUGGCGGCGGUUCUGGCGAUGGUGUCGGCGAUGGCGGUGGUGGUGGUUAUGGUGGUGGUGGAGGUGGUGGUGGUGUAUGUGGUUGUGGUUAUUGUAGGUGCAGUGGCAUUGGUGGCGACAGUGGUGGUGGUGGUGGUUACGGUGGCGGUGAGAGUGGUGGUGGUUUUGGUUGUUGUGGUGAUGGCGACGACGGUGAUGGUGGUGGUUGUAGUGGUGGUGGUGGUACUGGUUGUGGUGAUGAUGGUGGUGGUAGUGGCGGUGGCGGUGGUGGCAGCAAUAGUGGUCCCAUCAGUGAUGAUGGAGAUAGUGGUACUGGUGGGGGCGACUGUGGUGGUGGUGGUGAGGGUAGUGGUGGCAGUGGCGGCGGUGGCGGCGGUGUUGAUGGUGGUUGUGGAAGCUCGGGUGGUGUUGGCGGUGGUGGUGGUUGCGUAGCGGCGGUUGUGGUGGUGAUGGUGGUGGUUGUUGUGGUGGUGGUGGUAAGGGUGGUGGUGGCGUCGUUGGCGGCGACAAUGCUGGUGGUGGUGGUUGUGGAGGUUGUGGUUGUGGAGGUUGUGGUGUUGCUCGUAGCGGGUGUUGUGGCGGCAGCGGUGGUGGUAUUGCUGGUGGUGGUGGUGGCAGCAGCGAUUGCGGCGGCGGCGGCGGCGGUGGUUGUUGAUGUUAUGGUUAUGGUUAUUGUGUUGGGGGUGGCAGUGGUGGUGGCGGCCACGGUGGCAGCGACGGUGGUGGCGGUGGUGGUUGUGGUGGCGAUAGAGGGUGGUGGUGGUUGUUGCGGUGGUGGUGCUAAUGGUGACGAUGGGGGUGGGGUCGGUGGUGGUGGUGAGGAUGGUAGCGGUGGUGGGUGUGGUGGUGGCGGUGGUUAUGGCUAUGGUGGCGGCGGUGGCGAUGGUGGUGGUUCUGCUGGUGGGGGAGGUGGUGAUGGUGGUGGUGGUUGUGGUAGAGGAUGCGGUGGCGAUAGUGGCAGCGGCGGUGGUGGUUGUUGUAGGUGCAGUGGCGGUGGAGGCGAUAAUGGUGGUGGUGGUGGUUUCGGCGGCGGUGGCGGUGGGGGGGGUGGUGGUGGUUAUGGUGGCGGCGAGAGUGGUGGUGGUUCUGGUUGUUGUGGUGUUGGCGACGACGGUGAUAGUGGUGGUUGUAGUGGUGGUUGUACUGGUGGUGGAUGCAGUGAUGGUGGUGGUAGUAGUGGUGGCGGUGGUGGCAGCAACGGUGGUUUUGGUGGUAGUGGUUGUCGUGGUGGUGGUCGCGACGAUGGUAGUGGUUGUGGUGGUUGUGGUGGUGGUGGUGGCAGGGGUGCUGUUGUGAAUGGUGGUGGUGGCGAGGGUGGUAUUGUAGAUGGUGGUGGUGGCAGCGGCGAUUGUGGUGGUGAUGGUGGUGGUUGUUGUGGUGGUGGUCGUAAGCGAUGUGCUGGCGACGUUGGCGGUGACGGUGCUUGUGGUGGUGGUUGUGGAGGUUGUGGUGGUGCUGGUAGCAGUGGUGGUGGCUGCAGGGGUGGUGGUGUUUGUGGUGGCGGCGAUGGUUGCGACGGCGACAGAGGUUGUGGUGGUGUCGGUGGUGGAUGUGGUGCUUGUGGCGGCGGCGGCGAUGGUGGUGGUUGUGGUGGUGGUGGUGGUGGUGGAGGCGGGGGUGGACUUGGGGUGAUAGUGGCGGCGGCGGUGGUGGUGAUUUUAGAGGGUGGUUGUUGUUGUGGUGGUGGUGGUAUUGGUCUUGGCGGUGACGGUGGUGGUGUUUAUGGUGGUUGUAGUGGUGGCGGUGGUGGUGGGGGCGGCGGCAGCGGUGCUGGCGGUGAUGGUAUUGGUGGUGGUGGUUGUGGUUGUGAUGGUGGUGGUUGUUGUGGAGGUGGUGGUAGUGGACGUGGCGGCGACGAUAGUGGUGGUUGUAAUGGUGGUGGCGGUGGUUGGGGCGGCGGUGGCGGCGGUGGUGGUUAUGGCAGUGAUGGUGGUGGCGACAGCGGUUGCGCAGUGGUGGUAGUGGCGGUAGCGGCGACAGUGAUUAUGGUGGUUGUGGUGGUGGUGGCAAUGGCGACGGUGGCGGCGACGAGGGUGGUGGUGGAUGUCACAACGUUGGUGGCAGCGACGGUGGUGGUGGUGGUGAUUGGUGUAAUGGUGGUGAUGGUUGUGGUGUUGGGGGUGGUUGCGAUGGCGGUGUCGGCGACAAUGGUGGUGGUGGUGGUGGCCGCAACAACGGUGGUGGAUGUGGUGGUAGUGGUGGUUGUGGUGGUGGUGGUUGUAGUGCUGCUGCUGGUGGUGGAGGUGGUGAUGGUGGUGGUGGUGGUGGCGGAGGUGUUGGUGGCGGCGGUGGUGGCGGUGUUGGUGGUUGUUGUGGAGGUGGUGUAG